UUCUUUUGGGCCAAACGAUGAGCUCUUUGUCGCUACUUCGUCUCCGCCCUUAUCGGCAUCCCGACGCCCGCGGAACCCUAAUUGCCGGCCAUGGACGGAGUUCGCUACCUCCAAGGCGGCAGACGCGGCAGGGAAUUGUGGCCGCCAUACCCACCGCUAUCGUCAUGAGGGAUCGGGCCAAGAACCGAAAGCCCACCCAGAGGGGCCGCUACCUCAGCACCGAGGCCAUCCACGCAGUCCAGGCCCUGAAGCGGGCCCUUGGGACCGUCGGAGGCGGCGGCGGCGGGGACUCUCUGGAGCGCGUUCUCGCUGCAAAGGUCCGGCGGCUGAUCAAGGGCGACAUGGUCGCCGUCCUCCGCGAGCUCCAGAGCCAGGGUGAAGGCCUCUUGGCGCUUCAGGUUUUUGAGGAGGUUCGAAGGGAGCACUGGUAUAAGCCUCAAUUAUCAGUGUACAAUGAUAUGAUCAAAGUGCUGGCAUCCUGUGGUUUGCCUGAAAAAGUGGAGAAGGUAUGCUCAUAUCUAAAGAUGGAGCAUUUGGAUGCUGAUACUGAAGGUUUUAAUUUGGUCUUGAGGACAUUAUUGGAUUUUGGUUUUGUACAAGCUGCCAUGGACUGCUUUCGGCUAAUGAAGCUAUGGGAAAGUGAGCCUGACGAGUCAACAUAUGCAAUAUUAAUCAAUGGCCUUAAAGCUGAGGGAGAAGUAGAUCUUUCAGUUUCGGUAAGAGAGGAAGCAGAGCAACAUCUUGGUGGGCCUUUGGUAUUCUUAGAGAAGAGGGAAGAUGAGAUGGAAUUGAC